CCUGGUACAGACGCAAUCGAUGCUGUAAUCGUAAAAACCAAAACAAAGUCGAACGCCUUUCGGUCUACGCGAUUGCGCUAUAUUUGCAUGGCAGCUAAGAAUACAAAGUUGCGGUUAAGAAUAUUCAUAUAGCUGACAAAUGAGUAGUGAAGCCUCAUUACUGCCGCCUGCUGUGGCCACCUCCCCCAUUAGCGGUGCAUCUGACUCAAAUACCUUAACUGAGACCAUCUCGAAUACAGAUUUUUACAUUGGCGUCGGCUUAGCCAUUUCAUCAUGUUUCUUUAUUGGCUCCAGUUUUAUUAUUAAAAAGAAAGCACUCUUAAGGCUUAGCAGACAUGGCGAAGUGCGCGCUGCAGCUGGAGGAUUUGGCUAUCUGCGUGAAUGGAUUUGGUGGGCGGGGCUGCUAACAAUGGGUCUUGGGGAAGCGGCCAAUUUCGCUGCUUAUGCCUUUGCGCCCGCCUCGCUAGUCACGCCUCUAGGAGCACUCAGUGUCAUCAUCUCUGCGGUUAUGGCAUCGCGUUUCCUUAACGAGAAGCUCAACUUGUUGGGCAAACUUGGUUGCUUCUUGUGCAUAUUGGGCUCUACGAUUGUGGUCAUCCACUCGCCGAAGGAGAAGGAAAUCGAGGACCUACAAGUGCUAUUCGAAAUGCUACAGGAUCCCGUUUUUAUACUCUACAUCAUUUGUAUAUUUGGCUCAUGUGCAUUUAUCGCCUGUUUCGUGGCUCCACAAUAUGGACACACAAACGUUUGUGUCUAUCUAUUCGUCUGCUCCGGCAUCGGGUCCUUAACUGUGAUGUCCUGCAAGGCACUAGGCUUGGCCAUCAGGAGUACGAUUGCCAAUGGCUCAAAUGUGUUCAGCACUUGGAUGCCAUGGUUCCUAAUCGUCGUCACAGUAACCUUUAUUGCCAUCCAGAUGAACUAUUUGAACAAGGCACUCGAUAUAUUCAAUACGAGCAUCGUGACUCCAGUUUAUUAUGUGAUGUUCACCACCUUGGUGAUUACGGCAUCUGCCAUACUACUCAAGGAGUUCAGCAAGAUGCGUUUCGAGAAUAUCCUCGGCGAUGUUUGUGGCUUUUUGGUGAUCAUCAUCGCUGUGUUUAUGCUAAAUGCAUUUAAGGAUAUUGAUAUUAAUUUGUCUGAUGUUCGUGGCCUGAUGCGUCCCAAGAUGCAACGCCUCUCGCAAUAUGAUGAGGAAGUCCUUGUCAGUACUCAUCUAAAGGAGCGUCGCUAUUCGUAUGGCUCCAGCGAUGUCUUUCGCAAGGCCUGACAUAAACAGCGCUAUCAAGUUUAGUUAUUCCCCAUAGCAAAAGCUUGAACAAAAAUUGAAAUUACAAUCC